ACUAAAAUAAAUAAUCGGUCAUCUUGUUUACAACGCGAUUUUUGCUAAAAUUUUCUUUUCGCUAACAGUAAGGAAACUGUUUCAUUUUUCUGAUGUACAAACGUACAGCUUCCGUGGUUGCCGAAGAGGACAACUAUUUGGAUGAUCUUGUGCAGGAUAAACAGAGCAAUCGACCCUCUACCAGCAAGCAUACUCUGGAUUCCGACGAAGAAGACAGCGGUGACGAUGAAGCUCAGUAUAAUGUUCUUACCGAGAACGACAUCGAAGGCGAGGAGGAUGGAAUCGCGCGUGUCGAUGGAGAAACCAAAUUUACCCCCUUCAACAUGAAGGAAGAAAUGGAAGAAGGUCAUUUCGAUGCAGAUGGGCAUUAUUUAUGGAAGAAAGGAGCUGAGAUUCGAGACAAUUGGCUGGAUAACAUAGAUUGGGUCAAAAUAAAGAACGAUCCUAAUUAUAAGGAUAAAAAGCUAGGCGCGGUGAAAGGAUUGGGAGAGUCCGACUCAGAAGACGAAGAAAAUGAGAUGGUGAAAACUUUUGAUUCAUAUUCCACGUAUAAAAGCAUUCUGGAUAUGAUGGAACCCAAGGAAACCAUCAAGAAAGCUCUCCAGAGGAUCGGUAAAAAGACGGUGAAAAUGACCACAGCCCAACGUUGGAAGUUGAAAAAAUCUGGUUUUUUGGACGAAUCCAGUGAAAAAAUAACAAAAUUAACAGAAUUAGCCAACGAAAUUCUGACACGAGAAGGUAACAUGGAUAUUUAUGACGAGACAUACGAAAUGAUUCAGAAAAAGGUGAAGUACCCCAAAGCACUUCAGGAUGAUGAAUUGGAUAUGUAUGCGGAUGAUUUCGAUAACAAAGAAAAGAAUAAAUUGAAAGAAGAUAGUUCUGCAGAAGGCGCAAUCAAUAUUGAUGAAAAACCUUCUGCUUCUGAAAGCCCAGAAAAGGAUACCAAGCAGGUGCAGAUGUGGGAGUAUAAAGAGCAGCAGAAUGCGGAUAAGAUUCAUGGUCCUUUUACAACAGAACAAAUGCAACGAUAUGCCGAGGAAGGACGAUUCAGAGAUGGAGCAUUUGUUAGGAAAGUGGACGCAGAAGAUUCCCGAUUCUAUUCUGCUGCGAGAAUUGAUUUUGAAUUGUACUUGUAACUAUGAUAAAAGUUUUAAAAAUAUAGCACGAUUGUAUCUAAAUAUCA